UGUGGCUAUACAACAGUGGAUGGCUCACAGUGGAUAGGCCAAGAAUUCAGUAGUUGUUAAAUGCCAUGAGACUGGAUGUCCAGCCAUCUCAAUCUGUUACAGGAGUCCUGAAGAUUCCUAGAGAGCUUCUGGUCAUCAGACCACAUUGGCACUCUGGAACAAUAGGUUCUAAUAUAAUAGUUAGGUGUGCCUUAACAACAGGAUAGAUGAACUUGCCAUUGGGAGUAAAAGCAAGUGGGUAAAAGUUGUUUCCUUCUUCUUUACUUGUUUUUUAAAAAGAGAUUAAUAUAAUUACAUUUUUCUCUUCCUAUCCCUUUCUUCAGUCAACUCCUUUCAUGUAACUCUUCCCAUUCUCCUGCAAAUUCAUGACCUCUUUUUUUCUUUGUUAUUGCAUGCAUAUAGGAAGUUACUAAAUAUAAACUAUUAUUCCAUAUAAUAUUACUUGUAUGUAUGUUUUCAGGGAUGACCAUUUGGCACUGGCCAACUAACUUGUAUGAUCUUCCCUGUGAAGGACUGCCCAUCCUAUUCCCAGCAUUCCUUGUUUGUCUAUACUUCUUUGUGUACAGCUGAGGCCACUAGAAGGUGUUGCCCAGAUUUAGGGAAUUUCUCCUCAUCUAACAUAAUACAGUCAGGAAAAUCCUUCAUAAGGGUGCCAUUUAGAUGAUUCCAGAUAUAGCCAAGUUAGGAACCAUGAUGAGACAUAAGUGUUUGUACAAUGGAAUUCAUCCUUUACAGUUUUGUCAUAAUAAUGAUAUAUCAUGUCCCAGUCAGUCUAUUGAUCUAAGAAUAAUGAGAGAUGUGAGCAACAGACAUGAACACAAUGUAUAACUUGAAAAACAAUUAAGAGCUUUGAUCAUUUCAUUCCAGACAGCCCACUGUGUGAACUGACGGACACACAGGGUAUCCUAGUAGCUCUUACAGCAUUAUCUAGUUACAGCUGACAUAGAGGUUUAUGUCUGAACUUCUGUGUGACAAACUCAAAACAUUCACAAACAUAUGACUAAAGACACUGCAAGGUGAGAUACUGCAUAAUAGCUAAGUGAUACUCAUAAAUUAAUUUCCUUACAUUGAAAAAGUAAUACAUUUAGAAAACUACAAAAUAAUGUUCAAAAACAGAUUAUUUGCAAAAGGAGAAAACCAUGGAUCAGUGAGAUUUGACUGUUAAUGAAACUCGUAACUGAUACCAUGGUAACAAGAUUAAUCAAAGCAUCAAUGAAGAGAGAAACAAUUUAAGGACAUAAAAUGUAAAGACGCACUUCUAUUUACGAAAGGGGGAAUAGAAAGAUGCAUAACCUUAGAGAAAAAGGUAUGAGGAAAGGGGAAUGCUAUAAUUACAUUACUGUACUGUCGCAGAAUAAAAGAUACAUUAAGACUUGUAUGACACCUGGACAAGAGGCUGAACGACAAGGAGGGACUCAGGCCUCAGGAGCACUGAAGAUGGAAAGGCUUUGAAAAAUAAGCCUUCAGCUGCUCUCGUGGACAGAGUUCUGAGACUGCGAGCUCUCGAGACAUCUCUGACGAUUUGAGAAGAGUCUGUGUUGAGCCGACCUCAUCAUGGAACUGGACGACUGUGAUCCUGAAGACAAAGAGAUACUGAGCUGGGAUAUUAACGACAUGAAGCUGCCUCAGAAUGUGAAGAAGACAGACUGGUUCCAGGAGUGGCCAGACUCCUAUGUGAAACACAUCUACAGCUCAGACGACAGGAGCGCACAGCACCAUCUGAGCAGCUGGGCCAUGCGCAACAGCAACAACCACAACUCCCAGAUCCUCAAGAAGUCAUGCCUGGGGGUAGUGGUGUGCAGCAGGAACUGUUCCACGGAGGAAGGCCGCAAGAUUUACCCGAGACCCGCCAUCUGUGACAAAGCCAGGCAGAAGCAGCAGAGGAAAAGCUGUCCCAACUGCAAUGGACCCCUGAAACUAAUUCCCUGCAGAGGCCAUGGCGGCUUCCCGGUCACCAACUUCUAGAGUCAUGACAGACGCUUCAUCUUUUUCCAGUCCAAAGGAGAGCACGAUCAUCCCACGCCGGAGACCAAUCUAGAAGCAGAGACAAGAAGAGCCGUGAAGAAAGUGCACAUGGCCUCUGCCUCCAGCUCCUUACGGAUGAAGGGGAGACCAGAAAUGAAGGGUCUUCCAGGUGAAAUCCCGAGUCAGGGAAGUUUACCUUUAACUGGGUCAUUCCAGGAAGGCGUCCAACUGCCCAGCGGUUAUAGCACACCUUUAAUAGCUAACGCUCCCCAGCAGAACUCCCUGAAUGAUUGCCUGUCCUUCCCCAAGAGUUAUGACUUGGGGGGAACCACUGAGGAGACAGAGGCAAAAUGCUCAGCGGACACGAAAGAAAAGAAGGAUACGAGCAUAAGGAACCUAAGAAACAGCAUGAAGUUCUCCAAGGACAAGGAGACGUGUGGAGAUAGAGAAUGGAAGAACGGCCGAGGAUACAGCCUGCCGGAGCUCGGCAUCGUGCUGUGCAGGUUGCAUUGUGUCCUGCAGGAAACCUAUCAGAAAAUGCUCUUAAACACAAACGCGAGGUGA